UACCAUCACCCGGGCAACACCCUCGUCUCCUCCCGGCCCUGCGGUGCGACACGCCCCAGCUUGCUGCCUUUGACAAACUCUUUAUUUUGGUCAGAGCACAUGGCAGCGCAAGCUCAUCCCGGUGACAGCGUCGCUCCGCGCAACCACAGGUGGAGUUGAUCCUUCCCAGAGGGAACAGUUCAAAGAGACACCUCAAAGACUAAAGUAACUUUCUUUGAACGAAUUCAUCUUUCUGCCUUGACGCUUGAGGACACUCAAAGUUUAUUUUGGUGAAGAGACUUUUUGUGUAUCGGUGCAAAUAGCUACCAGGUGGGGACGACGACACGCAGCCCUUUUCUUGGUGCUGACAUGCACGAUCUCUAUCUUCAUAGGGCGUAUCCUCCGCAAAUUACAGGUUCUCAAGAGUGCACGGCAGCCGGAUCAAUGGCGCUGACGGUGAACUUGAGUGGUCCAUCACCAUGGGGUUUCAGAAUAGUUGGAGGAAGGGACUUCAAGAAGGCCAUAACUGUAUCAAAGGUCAACGGAGGCAGCAAAGCAGAGCAAGCAGCUCUCAAACUAGGUGAUGUCAUCUUGGCCAUUAAUGGGGAAAAUACUGCUGACAUGCUAAAUGCAGAGGCCCAAAAUAAAAUCAAGAACUCCAAGACCCAUCUGCAGCUAGUGGUGGAGAGGUGUGAACUUUCUAGCCCUCGGCAGACAAACGGUAUCAGCACCCCUGAACAGCUUACAGGACGAUUUCAGGAGGCAGUAAUAGUGAGUCGAGACGAGAACCAGAACUACAGAGAGUACACCAUUUCCAGUCCUGCAUCACUGUCACCUGGGCCUUAUUCACCACAUCCUCCUGCCAGUCCUGAUGGGAAGAGGGAUGGGCUGAUAGCCACCACCAACAGGAGUGUUCAGCUGCGCUCAUGGUCGCCAGAGGAGAAGAGUUUCAGACUGCCAAGGCCACUUUCACAGGACUUCUCUCCUUCAGACUACAGAAACAGUUCUUUGUCGAGCAGAACCCCUACCCCACCAGGACGCUACUCGCCCAAUAGCCCUAUCGAUCAGGAUGUCUACAUGUCUCCUCGUCGCAGUAGUUCAAGCUCUGAAUCCAUCAUGCAGAAGUUUGACAAGGACUCAGAGGUGUACAAAAUGAUCCAGGACAAUCGAGAGUCUCGUGUGGCACCCCGUCAGUCCAAUACCUUCAAGAUGCUCCAAGAAGUUCUGGAGGCUGAUGAGAAAGAGGCGGCACUGAAGUUCCCGGGAAAGCUAUCGCCCAAUCCUCCCAAGCCAAGCGCGCCUGUGGGAGGAGUCAGCAAAUAUCACAUCUGUGAGAAGUGUGGCACCAGCAUUGUCACACAGGCUGUUCGCAUUGUGGACGACCGCUUCCGCCACCCCGAGUGUUACACGUGCACAGACUGCGGCCUUAACCUCCGAAUGAGAGGUCACUUCUGGGUGGGAGAUGUGAUGUACUGUGAGAAGCACGCCAAGCAGCGGUACCAAGGCCCAGGGAGCUCGCCGCGAUCCAGCUUGUCUCCUCGCCAGUGAGUCUGCGGCCACUCCACGCAGAGCGCUGCUUUCCUGCCUGAAGAUCCACCUCGACUGACUCUGUUACAGACAUUGGGAAUGUGGACAGGGAUCAACAACAUGGCAGAGAAUGUUCUUUUCUGAUCACAUUUAACCCUGUUGGGCAUUAUCAUCAUCCACAUUAAGUUAACUUUUUUGUAAGACAAUUUUGGGGAGGUUUUCCAUGUGGCUUACAGUCACUGUCACUGCUACGGAUUGUGGACACCACACUGUGCUGAGGCCAGCUUUACAACAACGACUCUAUUUGACAAUCUGGAUAAUCAUUCUUAAUACAGUAGUUUGGUGAUGCAAAGGGACCAAAUCCGACCCAGACCGCAUGCCAUGUUAAACAUGUACUGUGUGUGGGUGCGCAUGUUCCUUACAUCUGUUUGUGUGUGAACAAGAGAGUGAGUAGAAAAAAAGAGUGUCACAAAUGAUGAUUGCAGCUUCAAAUGAUUUUCUUUUGGGGCUAGGCAAGCCCUACAAGCCCGCAAAAUGUUUGUCUCUUUUUCUAAACAGAAUUUAGUAGGAACAACAAAAAAAAAUGUAUUUGCUGACUUUUUCUUUGCUGUUGUGUUGCUUAUGAGGGGUUCUAGAUUCUUUCAUCAUACAAAUACUUUGAAUGUGUGAUUGAACACUAUGCAAUAAUAUACAGUAUAUCAUUUGCAAUGCGUAAUGUAUGCACAGGAAAAGAAAAGUGUGUGAAAAGAGUGAGAAGAAGUGGUGAUGAUGAUAUUUGCCUAUUUACAGCAGUACUCUACAUGUGGCACUUAAUAAAUUGCACAA